UUAUGUACCAGCGUUUAUUCUCGUUUUUAUAACCACUUACUUCUAUUGUUACAUAAUAGUAAAAUUAUGUACGUAAAUGAUAAUGUUAGCAAAUUAUCAUAAUUCAUGGCCAUUAAAGUACCUUAAAUUUCGCGCCACAAUUUUAAUUGGCGGAGAAGUCGUCCCCAAGCGUUCACGGCUUCUAUGCGCACGAACGAACGCGCAGAACAAUGAGGUAGCAGCCAUUUUAUGUCGGUGUCUAAGAAAAACAUAAUUCGAAUGGCCAAUCUUAACGAAAUUGUGUAAUUAGUGCUCUAAUUUAUGUGUUUCUGCACACGCCACCAUUAUUAGGUGUUUCUAUACUUAUUAGGUGGAGGGAGUUGAGAAUGGGGGAGAGUAAAAUAGUCCACCAUUAGUUUCCCGGCGCACUGGGGUGUGGGCGUUGGGGGUGUGGCGCGGGGCGUGGGGGUCCCCGUGCCGCCCCCCAGCGACCUACUCGCCACUAUCUCCAUGUUCGAACAACAGAUCAAAGCUGAACCUAUGAGCUUCUACACCCCCCAUUCACAUCACUCAGGACCCCCAACAAUAAUCCGUUCAGACUCAAACCAUGGUGUGAUCAAUAUGAACCAGCAUCACCAUCAGGAAGAUUCCAAAGACAGUCUCAUAAUACAGCAACAAGUACAACACCAGGAGAUGCUAGAGCAACACCAACAGCAACAGGAUUUGCAAGCACAAGAUGACGAGUUAAGCUUUAAAGGUAUGGAUGAUGAAGGGGUCGAUAUGGACAUGGAUGGUCAACAAUGUUCACAGGGCAUGGGAGUGGACAUGGAUUCAGUUCAAACUAAAAUGGAGGUGACCAAUGGUGGACAAUUACCAAGAUCUAAGCCUCAAGCCUGUAAGGUUUGUGGCAAAGUUUUGUCUUCAGCAUCUUCAUAUUAUGUUCAUAUGAAGCUUCAUUCUGGAAAUAAACCUUUUCAGUGUACGGUUUGCGACGCAGCAUUCUGUCGCAAGCCAUACCUGGAGGUGCACAUGCGCACGCACACAGGCGAGCGGCCAUUCCAAUGCGACCUCUGCCUCAAGCGCUUCACGCAGAAGUCCAGUCUCAACACGCACAAACGCGUACACACUGAUGAGCACAUGCGCGCGUUGUUGGCGAACGAGCGGCCCCACAAGUGCGAACUCUGUCAGAUGCGCUUCACGCAGAGCUCCAGCCUCAACCGACACAAGAAAAUACACACGGAGGAACACAAACGCGCGCUGCUGGCUAAGGAACGCCCCUACCAGUGCGCCGUCUGCUUUGUGCGAUUCACCCAGAAAUCGAGUUUGGGCCGGCACGGGAAAAUACAUACCGAGGAGCACAGACGAGCCCUGUUAGAGAAAGUGCGGCCGUACCAGUGCCACAUCUGUUUUAUGCGCUUCACUCAGAAGUCCAGCCUGGGCCGACACGGAAAGAUACAUACCGAGGAGCACAUCCAAUCGCUGAUCAACAAAGUGCGCCCCUAUCAGUGCGACAUCUGUGACAAGUGGUUCACGCAGAAGUCCAGCCUGGGCACUCAUAAACGUAUACACACCGGCGAGCGGCCGUUCCAGUGCACCGUCUGCCUCAAGUCCUUCACGCAGAAGUGCGCGCUCAAUUUGCACGAAAAGAUACAUACGGUGCAAGGGCGUCCUUACACGUGCGGGCAAUGCCCGGCGGCCUUCGCACGUCGCCCCUACCUGGACUCUCACAUGCGCACGCACACAGGCGAGCGGCCCUAUCAGUGCGACGCCUGUCUCAAGCGCUUCACGCAGAAGUCCAGCCUCAAUAUACAUAAACGGACGCACACAGUCCAGGGCAGACCGUUCCAGUGCCUCUCGUGCCCCGCCGCCUUCACCUGCAAGCAAUACCUGGAGAUACACACGCGCACGCACACCGGCGAGCGGCCGUAUCAGUGCGACAUCUGCCUGAAGCGCUUCACGCAGAAGUCCAGUCUCAACAUCCACAAGCGAACGCACUCAGUGCAGGGCCGGCCCUUCCAGUGUCUGCAGUGUCCCGCCGCCUUCACCUGCAAGCAGUACCUCGAGAUACACAACCGCACGCACACCGGCGAGCGGCCCUACCAGUGCGACGUCUGCCUCAAGAGAUUCGCUCAAAAGUCAACACUCAAUAUACACAAACGAACGCACACAGUACAAGGGCGGCCGUAUCAGUGCAUGGAGUGUCCCGCCGCGUUCACGUGCAGGCCCUACCUGGAGAUACACAUGCGCACGCACACCGGCGAGCGCCCCUUCGAGUGCGACGUCUGUUACAAACGCUUCACACAGAAGUCCACGCUCAACAUACACAAGCGUCUCCACACCGGUGAACGUCCAUAUGCAUGUGAUAUAUGUCAGAAACGAUUUGCUGUGAAGAGUUAUGUAACAGCACAUAGGUGGUCGCACGUGGCGGACAAGCCGCUGAACUGUGAGCGGUGCUCGCUAACGUUCACGUCCAAGUCUCAGUUCGCGCUGCACAUUCGCACGCACUCAGCCGCUGCCUGCUACGAGUGCAGCGUCUGCGGACGGACAUUCGUACGCGACAGUUAUCUCAUACGGCAUCACAACCGCGUGCACCGAGAUAACCACAGCAACAUGUCUGCGAACAGCAUUGGCAACAUGGCCGCCAACAACGCCAACAACUCGAACAACUUUGACACCUCCGGCGUUUGUGACUUAAGUUUCGUGCCAAUGGUGAACCGCUACAUGACGUCACAAGGUACACAGGUGUCGAUGCAGGACUCCAACAAGAUGUCCGCCAUGUCGCCGCAGUCCAUCGCCUCCAUAUCGUCGCCCCCUCCCCCGCACACGCCGACCCCGCAGCCAAUGUCCGUACCCAUGCGUCUCGCCGACUGAUUACCGCAAUAGCUGUCGGUUGUGCAGUGUGCAGCCAGAGUGCAAUAUUACAACAAGAUGGCAGCAGUCAACAGGAGCAGCUAUUGCAGCAACAGACAUCGCGAGACCGCCCUCUCAUAUUCAGCGUGGACUUUACACAUUUUUAUACGAAUCCUUUAUUUUUUAUUGAAUUAUUUAUUUACAAUAUUGUUCGUGCGGAAUGUUCUGGAAGUGGGGGAGAGUGACAGCGGUACCGCCUAUUGUGAUUAUAUUCACAACUGUGAUUUAUCUCCUACCAUCACACUGUCAUAUUAACUCCCGUGAUGGCAUUCGUAAAUCGUUACUUAAAACUCUCAUCGUUGUAGAUUUUAGGCCUAAAUUUUUGAUCUCAUAUUCUAAUUUGCUUAGUAUUUAAAACUUAUUUGGAAAUCGUGAAUGGCUGACCAGAGGUUCGAAAUUCUAAAUUGUUAAUAUUCGGUUGAUAGCUUUUCAUUAAAACUUCACUAGACGUAGAGUAAACGAUAUCUUAUAGCUGAUGCUUUAACUUAGUACGAUCAUGUAUUAACGGAGUUCACUAAUUUUAUACGACAUGUUGUUUAAAAUGAAACUAUUUUCAAUGUGGGCUCGUAGUUAUAUAGACUCCUAACAUAUAAUCAUUAAGAAUGCUUUAAUAUUAAUCAGAUGUAACAUACGAAGGAA